CGGAAGUCGGUGGUAUUGAUGCUAUUCGAUUUAAACAUAUCGAGAUAGCAACUGCCUUAUUUUCCGUUUGUAAAGCCUGGUUUCAUUAGUGUUAAAUGUGUGACAGCGGUGACUGUAACAAUGGUAAUCCCCCUAAACGCGGCGUGGUUUAUAUUUACAGCCAGGACUAUGUGGAGACUUGUGACUCUUUAUCAAAAGUGCCAAACCGAGCGAGUAUGGUGCAUUCUCUGAUUGAAGCUUAUGGAUUAUUAAAUCAUAUGAGUGUGGUUAAGCCUCGUGGGGCUACGAUGGAGGAGAUGGCAGUGUUUCACACACACUCAUACCUCGAGCACCUGCACAAGAUCAGCCAGAAUGGAGACAAUGAUGACCCUCAGUCAGUGGAUUUUGGGCUGGGGUACGAUUGUCCAGUGGUGGAGGGCAUAUUCGACUAUGCAGCUGCGGUCGGUGGAGCCACUCUGACGGCCGCCCAGUGUCUGCUGGAUGGAAAGUGUGAAGUUGCCAUCAAUUGGGCAGGAGGCUGGCACCAUGCCAAAAAAGACGAGGCGUCAGGGUUCUGCUAUGUGAACGAUGCUGUUUUGGGUAUCCUCAAACUUCGGGAAAAGUAUGAGAGAGUGCUUUAUGUAGACGUGGACCUUCACCAUGGUGAUGGCGUAGAAGAUGCCUUCAGCUUCACAUCCAAAGUGAUGACUGUGUCCCUGCAUAAGUUCUCUCCUGGCUUCUUCCCAGGUACAGGUGAUGUGUCUGACACGGGUCUCGGGAAGGGCAGAUGGUAUGCUGUUAACGUGCCUCUGGAAGACGGGAUCAGAGACGAUCGCUACCUCCAGGUCUUCACCAGUGUCAUACAGGAAGUGAAAGCUCUGUUUAACCCCGAAGCAGUAGUGAUGCAGUUAGGAGCGGACACCAUUGCUGGUGACCCUAUGUGCUCUUUUAACAUGACUCCAUUGGGGGUGAGCAAGUGCCUGAGCCAUGUACUGGAGUGGAAGCUACCUACACUGCUGCUGGGAGGAGGUGGGUAUAACCUUGCCAACACUGCCCGCUGCUGGACCUAUCUGACAGGGACAGUCCUGGAACAGACUCUAUCCUCAGAGAUACCAGACCACGAAUUCUUUACGGAAUACGGUCCGGAUUAUACUCUGGAGAUAAGCCCGAGCUGCCGACCUGACCGCAAUGAGAGCCAGCAGUUGGAGCGGGUCAUCAGUACUAUCAAAGGGAAUCUGAAGAAUGUCGUUUAAGCAGUGGGCUCUAAGCUCAUGUUUCCAAAUCAGACCCUGCUCUCCUAAUGAAGACAGUAUGUGCGAGCCAUCAGCAGAGUGGAGCUUUGGAAAACAUUACUCAAAUGUUUCACAGGAACUUUUGUUUAAUGGGAAUAUGAGCGGGCUUUUGUUGGCCCAUGCGAGAAGUCUAUAGUCAAGAGCGGGUCACAAGGUGAACAGGAUCCGCAGGAUUUUAUCUAUUUUUUUUUAAAUUCCAUUCAUAUUUUGAAUCGAUAAACAGGACCCUGACCUAGCAAAUCUUCUACACUUAGGCUAAAAUAUGCCAAGAAAGAAUUUUAAAGUGGAUAUUUCGAUAGCCAUCACAUAUUAAUGUCAUGGAUCCUCUUCAGAGAACCGGUUCAAAAAUGUUGAGUAUGUUUUUAGAGUUUAGUGAGUUUGUUGUCAAAGAUGUUCACUUGGUUUUAUUUUCUAUGUAUUAUUUUAAGUGGUAUGCCUCUCAAUGUUCCCUGGUGAAAUGGAGUCAUUGUCAUAUAACGCUGCCAGCACACACUCAUACUCUCCAAAAACACAACAAACUGCACCACCCAAGCAUGCUCACAGAAACUGGAAGGUGGACAGAAAGGAUAGAGGGAUGAGAAUGAAGAAUGUAGGUCAACGACACUUCUGUUUGAUGCUGGUGGCUUUUUUAUCAUUUUAUUUUCGGUGCAUUUAAACUUUGCAAUGUCAAUAUUUGUUUCCUAAUAAAAUCGUAAAGAUAA